AUGGAAUCCUCCGGGAACAACACAAACGAGGCCUUCGCGUUCAGACUGGGUUCUAUCGAUUCUUCGGACCUAGGCACGAAAGCCAAUACUAUCGUGAUAGAAGACGAUCCUGCUCCGCUAGGCUCACAAUCCAACCCUGUCGUGAUACACGUUGAAGAAGAACUUAGCUAUUUUAAGACCGAGCAACUGAAUUCUGAUGACGACACUGAGAUCAUCGCAGAGUCCUGGUGGGAGCGAUUCCUCGAUGAAAGUUGUGAUACCUCAUCAGUUGGAAGCAUAGCUGGUCGUUCAACCUCUAUUUCAGCGUCAACACACUUGCCAGCCUGCAAAACUCUAAAGGACCCUGAAGCAUCCCGACAAUCAUUCGCAAAUCGUCUCAGCUUAGAUGAACAAGCCUUGGAAAUAGCUGGGGGUUGUUUCCAUUUCGAGCAUGGACCUAGUCACGAGGUUGGAAAGGGCGGAAAUGAAAACCAGAGAAGGAACGAGCAAGUUAUUGCUUUAAAAGCAGAGAAACCCGCGGAAGUUCUCAGCAUGCUUGAAGCUGAGGUUCCCGGUGACCUAGAGGGACCCAAGAAACGCAAGUCAUUACAUGGCGAAGGAAGCAACGUCAGACCAUCAGAUCGCUUGAUGAAACGGGCUAUGCACUAA